GCGCAGGGCAUUCCGCGGCGCGGCACUCCGCUCCUCAGUUCCUUCUUGCUGCUCGCUACUCUCUCCAUCCGGGUCUUAAGGCUUCUGGCUCCAGCUCUUUCCGGGCUCGCUAGUCGAUCUCUUCUCCGCCGUCUUCCAGUGACAGCCGAGCUCCGCCGCGGGGUCCCCAGGGGCCGGUUCCGGCGGUUUGAAGUAUUUGUCCUAGGAGCUGUGUAUCACCAGAAUGAGACUUGUAAUUCUUGAUAAUUAUGACUUGGCUAGUGAAUGGGCAGCCAAAUACAUCUGUAAUCGAAUUAUCCAGUUCAAACCAGGACAAGACAGAUAUUUUACCCUGGGCUUGCCAACAGGAAGCACACCUUUGGGAUGCUAUAAAAAACUAAUAGAAUAUCACAAGAAUGGAGACCUUUCCUUCAAAUAUGUAAAGACCUUUAACAUGGAUGAAUAUGUAGGACUUCCCAGAAAUCAUCCUGAGAGCUACCAUUCAUAUAUGUGGAAUAACUUCUUUAAGCAUAUUGACAUAGAUCCUAAUAAUGCUCACAUCCUUGAUGGAAAUGCUUCAGAUCUACAGGCAGAAUGUGAUGCAUUUGAAAAGAAAAUAGAAGAAGCUGGAGGAAUUGAUCUUUUUGUUGGAGGCAUUGGUCCAGAUGGUCACAUCGCUUUCAACGAACCAGGAUCCAGUUUAGUAUCAAGGACAAGAUUAAAGACUCUAGCAAUGGAUACCAUUUUGGCAAAUGCUAAAUAUUUUGAUGGAGAUCUAUCGAAAGUGCCAACUAUGGCUCUAACAGUUGGUGUGGGUACGGUGAUGGAUGCUAGAGAAGUAAUGAUUCUCAUAACAGGUGCACAUAAAGCAUUUGCACUGUACAAGGCAAUAGAAGAAGGAGUCAAUCAUAUGUGGACUGUUUCAGCUUUCCAGCAGCAUCCUCGAACUAUUUUUGUAUGUGAUGAAGAUGCUACCUUAGAAUUAAGAGUUAAAACUGUGAAAUACUUUAAAGGUUUAAUGCAUGUGCACAAUAAACUUGUGGACCCACUGUACAGUAUGAAAGAAGAAAACUGAAGGAUUGAGGCGAAAUUCUCCUUGAACAGAACAACAUUUUCAUAGGUAGUGAACUAAAUUUUCUGCUAUGCAAUGUGCUAAACAAAACACAAGAAUCUGGAGGAUUGUGAUUGAAAUGUCCAGUAUUAUAUACAUCGUUAAACAUUCCAUGUGAUGAGAACUUAAGUCCAUUUCCCCAAUGUUUAGUUUUGAAGAGUUUUCAAAGCUGUUCAUUAAAAACUGAAAAUCAGAAAUUUAAAAGUCUGCCUAAUUUAGAAUAUAAUGUUAAGAAAAUAAGAAUUUUGUAAAUCAUUUAUCUUUCAUUCUUUGACUAUAUAAAUUCAAUUUUUUUCAAUCCCCUGCUGAUCUGACAGUUGUUAAAAGUAUGAACCAUAACAGUUGCACAAUCCUUACUUUGGGGAAAGCUGUGUUUACAUUUUUUAUGUAUUUCAAACAAGCUUUUGCACGCUGUUGCCUUAAAAGCAUCUUACUCCAGUAGCACUUGGACAUUUCAAGUCCUGUUAUAUUAUGCUAAUAAAAAACUAAUUUGAUAUGAGAAGACAGUGCCUAUACCGUUUACUUUCUUUAAAAAAGUGUCUUUUUAUGUGCAUGUGUUUUUAUGCAGCUUUUGCCAUAGCACUUUAAGUGUGCUUUUUCAUUUACUUACUCAGGUUCAUGCUUUUAGUUAAGUACAAACUUUGGCAAUUAGGACCUUUAUACCCAAGAAACACUUUUUUUAAAUUGUUAAACUGCAUCAGUGAUUAGUUUAAUUCAUAAUAAAUCAAUAUGGCUAAAAGGAUGGAUAGGCAUGCAUAAAAUGAAUUACCUAUAAUCUGUUUUGCAUUACAAUAGUAACUUGCAUCAUUUUACUAUGUGAACUCAAAUAUUAGGAUUAUUUUUAACUUUAACCUUGUAAUGUGUAACCUUUUACAAAUUUUACUUUCAGAAGAUGAUUGAAAAGAAAUAAAAUAUGCUCUGGAUACAUUCCAAGUAUUAAAUCAUAAAAUUCUUGAUA